UCUAUUCCUCUUAGGGCUGAUUUUUCAAGAGCCAGAUAAAACGUCAAGUAGCUAACUGAUCAAUAACUUUAUCUGAUUCUUUAACGAACCAAUAAAGAGUUUCAAUUUUUCAAAGCAUAGUUACCAGUCAGUUUACUACCUGACCUUUUUUUGUGACUAGCUUCACACUACAUCUGUGUGAGCGAGACGCGCUUAUGAACAUUUACAGAUCUAAGAAAGAGACAAACAAUUUUCAACUUAAUGACAGCGGUUGUCACAUUUUAGAGGGAAUCAUAACAUAACCUUAAACUUUGACGACUCGUCUUCGUGUUAAUAUUUAUUUUCCGUUCGAAUUUAUUGUUUGCUUUUUGUGUGUUGUGUGUAAUCAUGGAAAAUAUCGUAAAACGUGAACGUUCCACGAAUUUUAACAAAAGCGAAAUAAGAUUAUUGACUGAAUUGGUGGCAAAACACCGUACUAUAAUUGAAAAUAAGCAGACAGACGCCGUAACCAAUAAAGAAAAGGAAGCAGCGUGGAUAAAAAUCAGUUCAUUAUUUAAUGCGGCUACGGGAUUUACAGCGAGGAGUACCAAGAGCCUGAAGCUUAAAUAUGAAGGCAUAAAAAAGGAAACCAAAAAAACAUUGGCCAAACAUCGGCAAGAGCUGUACAAAACUGGUGGCGGGCCCUCUUCAGCCCCAGAGGUUACAGAUAUACAGGAGAGGGUUAUCGCGAUAUGUUCGAAUAUCAAUGGGCUGGAUGCUCGAAAUGACAGCGACAAAAUUCCAGAACCUUUAGAACUGGAAGAGACUGCUAAAGUUGACCCGCUAUCGUUGCCACUGCAAUCAUUAGAAAAUAAUUUAGUAAUUGUACCAUGUGAUGACGAUAUUCCGUGUACUUUAGAUCAAGAAGAGUUUUGCCCGCAACAGGAUUUAAAGGAGAAAGUUAACAGUGAAAUUGGAAAUGACAAGGCCUUUGAUGACUUUCAAUCUAUAGAGAUACAGGAUAUGGAAGUGGAUCAAACUGAAAAGGUAUGUCUUUAUCAAUUUUCCAGUUCAUUUAUUUACAUUGUAUAAAAUAACAUUAAUUAAAACUUAUCAUUAUUUUCAGAGAAUAAGUGGUCUUCAUGGAAGCCAAAGGCUUUAAAAACUAAGAUUAGUCCAUACUUGAAAAGUAAUCAAAAAAUUACUAAAGUUGGAGUGACUGCAAAACUGGACCAUUUAACUGAAUCUCGCUUAGAGCUAGUGAAGCUCCAGAAGGAAAUUGCCAUAAAAGAGCAUGAGUUUGUCAAACAGGCACACUUAUUAAAAUGCAGAACCUGCAUAAUGAUGAAAGAAGGAAGCAGGAAAUGCAUGAAGUACUAUUAAGUAAGCUCCGUACUGGUGUAAAUUAUGGAACAAGUCCUUUAGAAAUAAUAAAUAAAGAUUUAUAAAAUGUU